AUGGAGUCAUUUUUAAUGCGCGUUGUUCUUUUGGGGGCGAUCCUACGGCAGAGCAGCAUGCAAAUAUCUGUACCUGCAACAGGUGAGUCGCCAGCAUAAUGUACAAUACGGACAUCAAAAUGAUGCAGAAAUGUCGCCGAAUGAAACAGGACAUGUAAAAAGACGUAACGAACAAGUGAAAAGUCGACAUGUUGCGUUUUUGCCUUUUGUGGAGAUAGACUACUUUAAAAUAGACAUUUUCCGAAUGCAGUCUGGGCAAAAAGUUAAACCUUGCUUUUGUUUACUUGUAUAAAUAGGUUGCUUUUACGAGAAAAUGAUGCAGAAAUGUCGCAGAAUGAAACAUUACAUGUAAAGAGACGUAACGAACAAAUAAAAAAAGUGGAAAUGUUGCAUUUUUCGCCUUUUGUGGAGACAGACUGCUUUAAAAUAGAUAUUUUCCUUAUGGAGUUCGGUCAAAAAGUUAGACCUUGCUUUUGUUUACUUGUAUAAAUAGGUUUUCUUUACGAGAAACAUUUAACAUCUUUUUUUAAUGAAUGGUGACAUAGUCUAUGAUAUUUUAAGUACUUUUUAACACGCCAUGAUCAUUUCAACAUAAUGCAGACCGGUUAAGACAAGUUGUCACUCGGUCCGUGUUUUCCCGGGGAGCUAUUGUGUGAUGAUACAUUGACUGUUUUAUUACUUUUUAUUUAGUGCAUGGGUGUGCACGGGUGUGUCUGAGUCAUGCUUAAUGAGUAUGAUCUAAUCACAGUAAUUGGCAGUAAUGAACAUAAUGAUUAUGAUUAAUGGCUGUCAUGGGAUACAAAGUCAGUGUUUCUCUUUAUUAGAGGGCAUGUUCGCACUGUCUGUACUAGUAGGCUUCUGUGGGUGUCGCUUAAUGCAUCAAUAUUUCAUUUAAAGCUACUUUAUGCGUAAAAUAGGAUUCAGUAUUAUAGUUCAAACGACAGUACAGUAUGAAGACUCUACAACUCUCAAAUGGUGCUCUAAAAUCCACUAUUGAAUCAGUAAUAGACAUAAAUAUACUGAAUAAGUAGGCCACGGUGCAUAAGACUUUUAUUUACACGAAGGCCCGGGAUACUUGUGCUACCACAUAUUUCUCAAAGGUUCGGUGGAAAAGGUUUUAAGUGGCUAAACUGGGCUCAAGUUGUUUAUGUGACUUCUCAUGGAAAAAAUGAUCACAAUGUAUUAACAGCAGCAAGCGAUGGAAAACACUGUUCUCCUCCCAAUAUAAUGAGUCCACUGGAGAUAUUACAGCCAAACCUGGGCUCAGGUCACAGAAAACAUAUGCAUGUAAAUAGUUAUCACAUAACUUAAGCUUUACUUGACAGGCUAAUGUUUCUAAAGCUGUAGUACAGAUAUUUGUCAAUGUGUUAAUAAUACUAAGGGAGUGUUUGAAGGGGGUGAGAGGGGUUAAAUUUGAUGAGACUGAGACAUCAGAUAGCAUAACUGUGAUAUUAUCUUGGCUUGACAUUAAACUGCAGACAAUAUAAUGUUUCAUAAAAAAGAUGUAUAGCUUACACCCUCUCAGUGAAAACAGUUUGUUAGUGUGAAAGAGAGGUGGUGUUUUUUUAUCAUAGUCUAUCAGUGUAUCUAUAUUUAAGAGCAAUUUCACAAGACCGCACUCGAGAUGAUAAAGAUCAAGUCGCACUCCCACGUCUUUCGAGGAUACUGUAUAUGUGAAAAUAGAGAGAUGCUGUUUUAGCUCAAAAAUUAGAACAUAGAAGACCUUUUAUUUCAGCCCUUUACAAAUCAUAAAGCUCACUAAUUUAUCCAAUCUGAUUUCUUUAAAGAUGACCAAUUUCUUUAUUAUGAAUCUCUUUACUCACUUUAACCAACUUCAGUUUAAUUGUUUUGGUAAAUGUUCUUUUCCAACUCAGGACUACAUAACAGACAACUAGAUAACAGUAAAGCUUGAAUGGUGUGCCCUUGUGUUUUUAAAGACAAUUCGACCAUUGUUCUCAAUGCCGAUUCUGAGAAAAAGCGAGGUUAGUGCUCAGAGCUAAUGAAAGUAAAUAUUUUCACUUCUAUUGCAUGUCUAAAAAAGCCAUCAUGGAAUGUGUGGAAUUUUUUAAUUAAUUUGAGGUCUCUGCUUAAAAGCUGUUCCUGUGAAAAAAGUCUGUCAAUGUUUUUGAUCAUCUACAGUUUGAUACAGCCUGCAUCAAAUUUUGGUGCAACAUAGACACCAGUCAACCAUCUGUCUCUCUGAUGUCAGUGCAUGUUGUUAGUGCACUAGAUAAACUUCACAGAAGGUAUUAACAUAUUUUUCAGUCAUCUGUGUAUCUCUGCUGUAUGGCAUAUGGACUUGGCUUGGCUUGAGACCAUUUAAACGACAGAUGACAUGCUCAGAUCCACAUCUCUAAAACGUGUAUGUAUUCACUAUUCAUAUGAAGAAUGCAAAGCUGGAGCAACCUCUGUGUUUUUGUCCUCCUCAUUUUGCCAGUGCCUGAAAAAACAAAUGUUAUUUGAAUAUGUAUGUACUCCUGUCAUACUGUUGAAGCAUCCGCCUUUCUCUCUGUAGUUACUCUCCGCCCCUAAUGUGUGUCUCUGUGUCCCAGUAAGACGUUGGCUGACACAUCAUCCCCUGAUUGCACUGUUCUCCCUCAUAUCCUGCUUAUUUUCCAGUCUCUUGCUUUUCUGCACCCCAAUAAAAAUUUUAUGAUUAUGAGCCAUCGCUGCUAUUAAAGAAAAGGGUGUGUUCUGCAGAAGAGCUGUUAAAGGAAAAAGCAGAUAUGUAAACGAUAUAGGAAUGAAUAAGUGGGGCGAUACAGUAGUGAUGCAAAUAAUUUAGGUGCUGUUAGGAAUUGCUUUACGUGUGUUGAAUGAAUUCUACUAUAUCACACCCACUUCCAGACUAAAUUAUUAAAAGACUGCAACAAUGUAUUAGAAAUUCCUAAUAGGGUGCUUGUAUGUGGAGUUCAUUAUUUUCCACAAGGUCUUUUGGAUAAUGAACUGAAGCCUCCAGGAUUAUGAUGAUAGCAGAUGCAUAUGCCUUUAUUAGAGAGGAGGACUCUCAAACAUACUGAUCAGGCUUUUUGUUUUCUGUAUAUCCUUGUGUUGGUAAUAGAUUCACCAGUGCUGUGAAUAUAUUACUAUAUGCAGUGAAUAUGAUAAAUGAUCAUUCAUGACCAUCCUUUUGAUUCCUUGCCAACAUCAAUCCUCUGCUUUGGCUCUGUUUACAGCACUGUCAGCGUUUUCAUGAGCUGUUUGGAGUCAGAGGGAGCAAGACUCAGUAUGUGAUGAACCCACCCUGUAACAUCAUCUGUGACAUUAUUAACAUCGGUCUUAACAUUUGAACAGAAUCUAUUAUUUACACAUUGAUUAGUAAUGACAGUUUGGUCACUACUCACAAUUUACAGAUUAUUAGGAUGAAGUGUAUGAGGAAUUAUAUUUGCAUUAAUCAGUGACCUGAUUCACAACCUCAAAAGGGAGAUAGGAAUCUCACUGUCAAGUUACUUUAAAAAUCCUAUUACCAAUCUGUAACAAGUCAAUGUUAUCUCCUGCAAUGGCAUGCUCAGAUUGUCUUCUAAUAACUGUUGUAUCUCUCAGCCCAUUUAAAAAAAAAUUUGAUUUCUGUCAUAGACUAUGAAAACAUGGACAGCACAACAGCUCCCCCAAAUUGAAGCUGAGACUGGCUGCAGAAUAUGUCAUAAAACUAGCUACAACAGAUAAAGGGUCAAAUAUGACGAUCAGUAUAAACAAGAUAUUUUUAACUGGUUUUCUGUCAUGAGAGAUGGUCUGAUUUGUGUUCUGAUUUACAGUGCUCAGCAUAAAUGAGUACACCCCUUCAGAGUUGUCAGACAACCUUUAGUUUCCUUUCAAAAUCAACAUUUUCUAUGGCAGACUAUAUAACAAAAUACUCCCCCAAAUGUAGGCCAUUGAUUGCAAACAAGAUUUUUUAAGUUGCAUACAAAAAAGUUUUUUUUUAUUUUAUUUUUAUUUAAAAUCAGGAUGCAAAAAUAAGUACACCCCAAUCCAAGUUCUGGGAGCAAAGUUAAAUUUUAGUGAUCAUAUCACGCUUAUUUUCAUCUUACGGUAAAUAAAAUGUAGUAUUAAACUCAGCUUUGUCAAAACUUUGGAAAUUGUACUUUUGCUCAUCUAGAUAUUUAGUAAUACAUCACUUAUAAUAGGGGGUGUACUAACUGAUGCUGGGCACUGCAUGUGCAAGCAGUUUGAGAAAUUGAGUUUUGAUCUGUUACUUUGUGGUAAAAGAUGUUGUUCGUUACCUGGCUUCCGAACAACGCACCCAUGCUAUCCAGAGGCCACCGUGCAAACCCUGAAGCAUGUGCAAAACACUUUGGACAGUGUAAUUUGAAUUGAGCUGAACACAUGAUAGAGAAAAUUAAUCCCCAACCACAUAUGUUAGUCUGACUGUGAGAAGUUUGAUUUAAUGUGAUUCCACUUAGAGUAAUUCAUUGGCAAGAUUUCUGAAAACCAAGGCAAUCAAUCGAUUUUUUUAAACACACUGAGGGCUCUAUUUUGGUGCCUCCCCGGAGAUCUGCCGCAAGCGCAGCGUCAAUCAGAUCCGCCGCGCUGACAAGGCGUUCCCAAGCACAUUUUGGUAUUUUGGUGAGCCCCGCAGCCCGUCGUAAGUAUCUCCCCUCCCUAACUCAGCUCCUCCCAGCAGCGUAAGUCAUAGACGGGGAGGAGAGAGGGCGUGUAGUAGAUUUAACACAGCCGAGACCUGUUUUCACCAAUCACAUAAGCUCCUCUCCUUGCCUUUAAAUCCGCCACCGGCGAGGCGUAUUACUAUUUUCAUGAAGUAGUCAAAGAGAUCGAGAGCUGUCUGAAGACAGUUAUGCCACAUGAUGGCGACAGAGGGCAGCUCCUCAAGUGUCCUCCACACUCUCUCAUCUGAGCACAGAUGGAUUUGGUGUGUGUAAUGUUGGACCCACUGGUAAGACAAACACCCUUUUCCACAAAUAAAGACACUCACAUAAAGUUGCAUAUAUUCAAACCUCACGUGACAAAGGUGGGUUUAGCGCACAGAUCACAACAUAAACUCCAAAAAUGGCAUUAAAAUCGGAACCAUCUGUGCGUAAAUGACGCAUCGCGCUCCGUGGCCUGGCUCUUUCUUUCAUAGAUGUUGGCAUAUAAAAUAAAUUUGGCUCACAAAACUGAAUAUUAUAAUAUCCGUAUGUCGGCUUAAAGUAGAUCACGCAUCUGAGCACUGAAACAAAUCAUCUGUUCAGCCGCAGCAGCAAGCAAGACGGACAGAGGACACGGAGACGUGUCCAGGUCUAGCUGUGCGAGAAAUAAGAGGAAGAAAGAAAAGGAGGGAGACAAAUUACAUAUCUUGUUAACUUCAUCAUGUGUGUUUAUUCACUAGAUAUUUAAUUUAAUUUGAUGCAGUUUCAGCUGUAUUGAUUCGGUCAGGCUGUGUGCCCAAACGCGUGCCAAACGCGCUCAUCAGAUCAGAUAUAGAUCAGAAUAUAUCGAUAUAGAUCUAAAUGUAUGUGCUGACUCAGAUUAAUAGUUGAUGAUGAUUAUUUAUUGCACUGAAAUCUGCCUGACACUGUGGAAACCUGCCGGUGAGGCAUCAGUGACGUAUGCCGAUACGCCGCCGGUCUACCAAAAUACUACUAGACCAGCUGCGUUCCGCCUUGCGCUGAAAGCUGACCAGGUUUGAAUCGGCGAGCUUUCAGCGCACGUUACACGCCGGUGGCGAGCACGAAAAUGUCACUGCGCCAGCUGAUUCUGUCGACACCUCCCCCUGCCACGCCACCACGCCCAGCUUGGCGGAUCUCGGCUCGCCUCCGUGCGACUCAGUCCACGAAAAUACCAAACUCGCCUCACGCCGGGCUCCGCCAGACGAAAAUACACCUGCGCGGGGCUCGCCCCCCUCCGCCGCCUCACCGGCGCGAACGAAAAUAGAGCCCUGAGUGUGUUUGCAGACAAGGGCACGUAAAGUUUUCUUUACACCAACACUAAUUUAUACAACUUGAUGUGAACGUGAGUGUCAGCUUCAAAACAACACAGGAAUCUCUUCUGCUGUGGACCAACCUGUGUACUCUGUCAUGUUUUAUACGUAUCCUAAAUGUGUGCAUUUGUUCAAAGUAGAGGAAAGACAUCAAACUUGUGGCUUUUUUGUUUCUUCUGUACAUGCCUUGGCUCCGAAAUAUGUCACCAGCACAGCAUGUCUGCCUCCAUCCAGGCAGCAUUUUGGCCUCUCUUUUCCUAACUGGGAGGAGAUGGAGGCAUGCCAUCCAUGUUGAUAUUCAGUCAGGGACUGAUUCAAGUUUCUCUGGUGGUAAGAAAUGUGAAUCCAAAUGUAAUCUUUUGCCCAGGAAUGUCACUGAGUUGACAGCUUGUUUCUGCUGCACAAAGAUGGCUGAAGAAAGUCAUUCCAGCUUUGUAUGUUGUUUUAAAUGUGAAGAGCAGAUCUGUCUAUCAAGUUGAAGAUGUUCUUGGGUUUAAAUGUACAUACUGAUUGACUCUCUGUUUCUCCUCCUGUUGUGUACAGUGUUAAACUGCUGUGAAGGGGACAUCCUCCUCCUGCUGGACUCUUCAGGAAGUGUAGCAAACUAUGAGUUCUCUCGCUUGUUGCAGUUUGCUGCCGAGCUGCUUCGCCCUUUCUCACUGGGACGUGGGCAUGUACGAGUCGGCCUGCUGCAGGUGGGCACAAGCCCCAACCUGGAGUUCGGUCUGGAUGUCCACGACAACCAGGUGAGCCUGCAGAGAGCUAUGCAGAGAGUCAGCCAGCUUCAGGGAGACACCAACACAGAUGUGGCUCUGAGGGUGGUCCAGCAGCUUCUAGCGGAUAAAGAGGAUAAUGUGCCCAAAAUCCUGCUGUGGCUGACCGAUGGUGUGCAGCCUGGAGAUGUGGAUGAGCUGAUGUCUGAGCUGAAGAAGCAGGGAGUUUACGUGCUUGCUGUUUCCACAGUGCAUGGCAACUAUCAGGUGUUACAGCGAGCAGUCACACCACCUCUGGAGUCUCACCUCUACUCAGUUGACAUAGAUAACAUUGAAAUCAUCACAGAGGACAUAAGGGAGGCCAUCAUCAGUAAGUAUGUGUGUGUAUAUUUGAAAUAUUGACCCACUGAGCAUUUUUUGGUCUAAAAGAGGUCUAAUGGACGUCUAAAUGUAGCCCAGACGACUGGUCUAAAAUCAGGCUACCACAGGUCUAAAGAUGCAAGUUUUUAAGACAUUUCAAUUUAGACCAAGUUUAGACUAGCCGGCUUACAGAGGUCUAACUGUAUAUUGCUCAACGGCUAUCACAGUUAUUUCGGUUAAGUACUUGGAGAUCAGUUAUGCAACUCACAGUUGCUUUUUGAAAUAAAUAGUUAUUGAAUAAUGGGCUAAAGUGCAACGUCUAAAAAUAUACUGAAUCUAGACGGUUGAGAUGAGGUCUAAAAAAAACUAGAUGUCUAAAAGCCGUCUAUUGCUCAGUGGGGAGUAUAUGCAGAAUUAUUUAUUCCAGACAUAAAAUCGAUUAAAACCAGAGAAUUGCCUCCUCAGCAUCUUCAUUUUAUCCCUCUCUUCUCAUCUUGUCUUACCUGUAGAAAUCAUCCGUGCAGAGCGACUGCAUGUGGUUGACCUGACUUCCCAUAGUGCUGUGCUGCAAUGGCGUCCAGUUCUAAGCGCAGGCAGCGGUUACUAUGAACUGAACUACAGGUCUGACUCAGAAACAGAUCCUGGGACGAGACUGAUUCUCCCUGGAAACUCCAGCUGGGUAGAGCUUCUCAACUUGCAGCCUGACACUCUUUACACAGCCUCCCUCCGCCCAGAGUCCAACCAGAGGCUGUUUAACACCCUGUCCGUCAGCUUCACCACACUUCCUGGUGAGAUCCUGGUGGAUAAAUUCUUUCUUUCAUUCUGUGUUGAAGUCAAACGAGCUUUAAACAUGAAUUGAUAAAAGGGGAAAACUAUAAAUCAGCGGACCAGGUAACUACUAAGAGGAUGCAUUUGUUUGCUGUUAUGGAUUUUUUGAUCAUCUUUAGGAGUCUGGCAGGUUAAGCAUGGAUGCCAUAUACAGUACAGGCCCUCUGGUCUUUAUGGCAGUGGUCCUCCUUCCAGUCAACUUUCCACUGAUGUGCUUUACAGCACUCUGAGCAAUAAGCCCUUUCAGCAGUGACCUUCUGUGGCUGAUCCCCUUGUGGAGAGUGUCAGUGAUCAUCUGUCGGGUAACUGUCAAGUCAGCAGUCCACCCCAUGAAUGUGGUUGUGCAUACUGAACCAGAGUGAGAGAAUAAAGGAUUAGUAAACCUUUACACAUGAUCAAGGUGUCUGAUUAGAGCUCUUUCAGGACUGACUAAAAAAUUUUCGAUUUUUCCCACAAUAUUAUUUGAUUUGAUUUGAUUUAUUUGUCCGGAAGGGAGAUUUUUCUUCCCCGAUAGUACAUUGCACAUCACAGACGACAACAGGACACUACAUACACACCAACAAUAAAUGACAUACAUAACAACAAUGAUGACAACACAAUAGCGGACAAACAGAUCAGCGGGGCCUGCUGUUCAGGGUGGCUGAUGGGAUCAGGCUUUUCCCCAGCCCUCCUGAACUUGAUGGUUUUUUAUCUGCACCCCGUGGGUGGUGGGAUGAUAUAUCGGUUCAGUGGGUGGGUGCAGUCUUGUGCUAUGGAGUUUGCUAGAUGGACUUAUUUAGUUCUGUGAGGUUGGGUGUGGGGAGACCGAUGAUUUUAGCAGCUGUGUUUGUGAUGAGUGUGAGUUUGGCGCGGUUGGUGACAGAAAGCAUAUUAAAGUAACAUGUGGAACAGUCCAGAAGGGUGGCGGUUGAAUGAUGCUUUGAUAGAGUAGCAACAGGAAGAGGUAUGAUGUUUCAUGAUUGCGUAUUUUUGAUUUUCCUGAAUCGUGAGACAUAAUAAUCAAGAUUCAGACAAAAAGUCUUGAGAUGUUUCACAUUGUGUGUGAUGAAUUUAGAAUAUAUAGAAGUUUCAUUGUUUGAAUUAAAAAACGGGGAGAAUUUUUAUUUUUUUUUAGUUUAUUUUAUUAGUUUAUUUUCAGUUUCAUGUAUAUGUGUAUGCAAAAUGUACAAAAAAAGAGUUAAUAUACCAACAGUUUACAGACAAAACUUCCCAAGGACCCCCCCUCCCCUUUUUCUUCGGCAGUGUGUAAUUUUUUCCAGGGGUAUGCAACUAUUCAUUUCAAAUGAUCACCUGACAAUAAAAAGAGGGGAGUCCCAUUUCCAUGACACUGCAAUGCAUUUCUUGGCUACACUCAGAGCAAUUUCUAUGAAUUUGAAUUGUGUUUUGUUCAGUGAGCCACAAAUACUUGUUAAAUGGAUAUUCCAACAUAAAAUUAAAUUAGGGUCAAACACACCACAACACCGAGUUAGACACCCCCUUGAGAGAUGAAUGUUGCUGACCACUUGUUUCUCUAGUUAUACCAACUUUAGUAACGACCACAGAUAGCAAUACACAGCAGUCUGGGGAACCAUAAACAAACCUCAACCAAAAUGCCACUCUAUAGCCACAAAUAAUGCUUAGAACCACCAAACAUCUUUUUAACUUUGCAUGAUUUCUUUAGUAAAGAGACUAAACAUAACUCACCCACUCUCUUCCUGCAGCCGCUUGUUUGUAGCGAGACCUCAGGUCAGUCCAUUACAGACUGAAGCGGGUUGACACAGCUCAAGGAAGAACAUUUAUGAUCAUUUCUUCAUGGAAAUGCAAUCAGACCGAGACGCUAAGGCAGAAGAACUACUGCGUCUGCAGUGCAAAAUGAUUAAUAUGGUGAUUAUUACUUCAAGGAAAUGAUAAAGAAAUGAUCAUAAAUGUUCCUCCUUGAGCUGCAUCCCCCCGCAGCAGUCCAUAAUGGAAUGGCCCGAGGUCUCACUACAAACAAGCGGAUGCUAGAAGAGAGUAGGUGAGUUGUGUUUAGUCUCUUUGCUUAAGAAAUUAGGCAAAGUUAAAAAGAUGUUUGGUGGCUAGUACUAUGGCUGGGACCCUAUAUAUACUGUUGAUGAAGUUAGGUGCUGUUCUGAGCAUUAUUUGUGACUAUAGAGUGGCGUUUUGGUUGAGGUUUGUUUAUGGCUCCUCAGACCACUUGUGUAUCGUUAUCCUGCGGUUGUUUCUAAAGUUGGUAUAACUAGACAAGCAAGCGAUUAGCAACAUUCAUCUCUCGAGGUGGUGUCUGACUUGAUGUUAUGGUGUGUCUGACCCUAAAUUCAUUUUACACCAGAAUAUCCCUUUAAAUUCCCCAGUAGGCACAAUUCAGGAUCCACUGGGACUUAAGCUCCAGUGAUCUUAGUUGAAGUGGCGCAGAUAUCAUGCCAGAAGGGGUUCACUUUAGUACAUAACCAAGCACAGUGCAGAAAGCAACUGACUUCAGUGUCACAUCUGAAGCACCUGUCUUACAGAUCAGAUUUGAACGAAUGUAAUUUUUUUGGGGUAAGGUAUAAUUGAUGUUAUAGUUAAUUACUCUAUACCGGGCAUUGAUGACAGUUAACAAGCUAUUUUGACAUGUAUCUGCCCAGAGUUGGUCAUCAAUUGUAAAAUUCAGAUCUGACUCCCAUUUCAUCUUGGAUAGGCCUGGUUUCUGGCUUUCCCUCAACAACAGGAGGUACAUCUUAGAAAUGAAUCUACAUGCGUCCUCCUUGUGAAGAAAUCUCUCAACAUCAUUCAUGAUGGGAGGAGAAUUGAGCUUUUUCAGGAUAUUGUAAUCUUUUAAACUGCACCUUUAUAGAACAAAACCUGAGACUUAGUUUUUUUUAUAUAAAAAUGCUAGUGAUUUCUUGACAAACAUCCACGCUGUCAAGAAGACUACGACUCUUUUAUGUCUGUUCUAUGUCUGCACUUUGAAGUUCAAAGUGAGUGUAUUUUUAUUUCAUCUCAGAGAAAUACAUCACUGAAGCUGCUGCACUGCUAUCUGUGCAGGACAUGCUAUGCUUUGACCUUCACCCAUUAUAAUAAGCCCUAAUUUGUUUCAGGUACAAUCAUCUCAGCAGUGGUUCAUGUCCUCUCUCUGCUAAUGCUCCCUUUAGAUGUUUUGAGCCCAGCAGAGGUCACCCUGUCAGACUCUGGCCCACAUCAGGUCCGUGUCAGCUGGGGUCCCUUGCAGCCAGCUCAGGUACAGAGAUAUACAGUUGAAUAUGGAUCUAUUCCAAGCGGACCUGUCCACACUAUAAUGUUCAACAACCAGCAAAACUCUGUAUUACUGACCGGUCUGGAGCCCGGCACUCAGUACCUGGUUACAGUCAGUGCUCAGCAUGUUCAUGGAAAAGAAAGAGCCAUGUCUGUAAGGGCAUGCACUCAAGAGGGUGAGUGUUUUUGAUUUUGAGUCAUUUUUUCCUUUUUACAGAUGAUUCAUUUGUAUCUUGUCUUAAACCUUUGCUCUUUAUCCGUCUUUGUAAAAGCUGACCUUUAGAGAUUUUGUGAAUCAUUCAUGUGAUGCUUGACCAGGCCCAUUCUGUCUCUGUUAUCUUUUGGCUGCAGCUCUUCCAGCCCUGGCUGACCUUCAGCUGAGCUCUGUGGAUCUUCAGGAGGUGAGGGUAGCCUGGCAGGCUCAUCAGGAAGGUUUGAAAGGUUUCUGGCUUAGCUGGGAGGGAGAGAGACCCCACAGUGUUUACUCAAAGCCCCCCAUCUCCACAUUUUACCUGCCUCCUACCUCUCGAAGUACACACCUCACACACCUUCCCCCAAGCAGUCGAGUGUGUGUGUCCCCGGUCUACAGUUCAGGCCGAGGAGAAGGGAUAUGCUGCACUGCAAAAACCCACUCAGGUUAGUUGCACUGCAAAUUUCUGUUUGAAAUUAUAUCAUUCCAUUAUGGGUUUAGUCAACUGGGGAAGUGUAAUUUCCUGUUUCUCUGUCUCUUCUUUCCGAUAGAUUUCCGACAGCCGGGUUAAUAAUCAGGAUGCUGGACCAAAAGUGUUGCAAUAAUCAUGCCAAGUACUGAGCUCACGGGAAAACUGCACAAAAUAAUGUGUCUUUGGUUAACAUUUUUAUCUUGAAAUGAAUAAUAGUCACACAAAGGCUUUAUCUCAGAACUCCAGCCGUCCACCAGUUUAUAAAUGAGCAAAGUUUCUGGAAAUAUUAUUCAUUCUUACUUUCUAUGUUUGGAAAGUUCUCAAACUUUGCAGAAAGUUUGUCCUCCACAGCGCCUGUGGUUCAUUCAAAGUAAGGAAUGUACACAGUUAUAGAUCGU